AUGAGAACUCCAAUUGAAGAAGUUUCUGCUCAUCUAAAAGAAUUCAACUACGAGGAUUGGAUUUCAGAGUUAUCUAAACUGACGGAAUGGGUCUACAGUUUUGGCAACCAGCAUUUCCCGUCAAGUAAACAACAGAGAAUCUCUGACAUCGAGCAUCAAGUUUGUUUGUGCAUCGAAGUUCUCGAAUCAGUUCCUCAAGAGAAGAGGGAAUUAAAUCAUGAACGUGCAAUAUUCGAGUAUCUAAAAGGAAGGUUUUAUAAUGCAAUUCCUGAUGUUUAUAAGGAGGAAGCAGAGCGUCAUCUCGUGAAUGCUACUCGAUUAAAUCCGCGUCUGCGUGAUGCUUGGCAUUGCCUCGGCAGUUGCUUUGUCAAGAAAGGGCAUAUCCAUAGAGCUAAAAGAUGCUAUCAGACUGUCCUUGAAAUGGUUAUAUUUCGCUGCUUCUUCAUUUCUGAAAAUCCAGCCAAGCACAUUGAACAAAGCAUCAAAUAUGCCCAAAGGAUGCUCGUUUUGGAUGACAAGGAUGGAAUUUGUUUAUCUUUGCCAAUUUGCUAA